GGACACCUCUGCGAGUCCGGCUCCAUCCAGCGUCUCAGGAAGAUGUUGCCAUCUUGGUUUUAGCUGUGCAGCGGAUGCUGUUAUUUUUAUGUUUUGCUCUCUGCUCCACUCGGGCUCGAUAGUCCGUCUGUCCGCUGUCGGAAUAAUCCGCAUGCUAGGUAGUCAGUACUAUGUAGUUGGGUGGGUGAUUCCAACCUGGCGCAGAACUCGGAAGAAACUAUCGCUUCUCCGCAUUUCCUUCGAUCGCCAGGUUGGCGCCUUGGAAGCGGCGGAUAUCUCUAGGGCAGUAACUGGAGUAGGUUCCUUCACGUUGGAAAGUUUAGGCUGUCCCGUUGGAAGGGUUCGCACCAUUCUUCCGUCUCCAAAUUUCGCCAAAAGAGUUUGCCGAAAAAGAUCCUCUCGGGCGAAUGGUGAGCUUUUGCGUGAUUUCCGCAUGGCAAUUCCCCGGUGACGCCAUUCCCACGGAAAAGCAGAUAAUGGGAGAGGGUACGGAGAAUCUGGGUCCUCAACCAAGAUCCCGACUGGAUCUCGUGCGUCGCAAAUCCCCAGUCACGACACGACCUCAACCGCGGGCCGGAAGAUAUCUAUAUACCGGA